AUGAAGGGAAUGUUGUUCCUUGACGACUCACGCUCCAAAAACUUCACGUCUGCCUACAAGGAUGUGGAUUUUCUGAAUUUCUUCUACAAACAAUUGCGAUUGAACGAGACGGAUCGAUAUAGAGAUUCCUUUCCGUAUUUGAGUCGGUGUGGUAGGGAACAUAACUUUCUCCGGUGUGAUGACCGCCCCAUAGUUUUUACUGAGAUUCUGGAAAAUGGAACAACAAUGUUGCGUAUCGGACAGUCUUCGCGAACGUACCCGUUUCAGAUAUUCAGGCCGACCACGUUGUCGAUGCCGCGUAAUGGUCGUGCUCUACACAAAGCUCGCCUUCGAAGAAUACGGCCUCAUCAAGUCAAAAACCGCCUGACAAAUUGUUUCCCCUGUUUACCUUCGAUGAACACGGUUAUCCCUUGA